GAGACAGCUCAGAGCACCUCAUCAUACGCUGAUCGUGACUGUCGAAUAAGUAAGGAGGAUUUGUAUAUGGUUCUCGCCCUGCAUAUGCAAGAGUUUCCAGGCGAACCGAGGACUGGUGAUUAUAAAAAAGUUGGUGCUGUGCUUGUGUUGCCCAAUGACAUGCUUUAUGCCGUAGAUUGUUCUCGCAAUGGUGUGCAUGGCGUAUCACGACUGGUAAUGACACACCCAGAGAUCCCCCAAGAAUGCAAAAUUUUCGUGUCAAGAAAACCGUGCUCCUUCUGCACAAAGCUACUGGUUCAGGCUAAAGUAAAAAGGGUCUUCUAUUUGCCGAUCGAGCCCGAGUAUUAUAAGGAACAAGUCCCAUUAUGGCUCUUGAGGGGAGCAAGUAAAGAAGAUUUUGAUGAUGAAACAUCGCGCGUCGAUGAACUAUUCAAAGUGAGUUCGAUCGCCCAGUCAGUGUUUGUUCCAAGAGCAGGGCAAGAUGUUAUUGAUGCUGCAAAACGAAAACACCAAACAGACAGAAGCAAAAGAACGACCGAACAAAACAACCUCUUUAAUAAAUACUGGAAUGUUGGAUGGUUUGGUGACACUGAACACUCCCAAGACAUUUUUCAAAAGAAACUUCCAUGGCGAGCGUUCGAGGGCAAAAUGAGGGAGCAGGUUAAAGAAGAUUUUAAAAGCAUCACUAAAUGGAUGGAUAUCGUUCUUGGCAAAUCACAGUUACCAAGAGAUCCGCCGUCUGAAGCCUUGCAACUCAAUCAAUACAUUCACUUAAUGAAACUGGCAUUCUUCCUAGCCGAGCGAACAGAUGAUCCAAAGACAGGAGUUGGAGCAGUAAUAGUGAACAAAGAUAAGGAUAUUGUGGGCCUUGGUUGGAACGGAUUUUCGACGAAAUCGCUGUAUGGCGAGUUUCCAAGAGCCUCUCGCAGCGACGAUNUGCAAGAGUUUCCAGGCGAACCGAGGACUGGUGAUUAUAAAAAAGUUGGUGCUGUGCUUGUGUUGCCCAAUGACAUGCUUUAUGCCGUAGAUUGUUCUCGCAAUGGUGUGCAUGGCGUAUCACGACUGGUAAUGACACACCCAGAGAUCCCCCAAGAAUGCAAAAUUUUCGUGUCAAGAAAACCGUGCUCCUUCUGCACAAAGCUACUGGUUCAGGCUAAAGUAAAAAGGGUCUUCUAUUUGCCGAUCGAGCCCGAGUAUUAUAAGGAACAAGUCCCAUUAUGGCUCUUGAGGGGAGCAAGUAAAGAAGAUUUUGAUGAUGAAACAUCGCGCGUCGAUGAACUAUUCAAAGUGAGUUCGAUCGCCCAGUCAGUGUUUGUUCCAAGAGCAGGGCAAGAUGUUAUUGAUGCUGCAAAACGAAAACACCAAACAGACAGAAGCAAAAGAACGACCGAACAAAACAACCUCUUUAAUAAAUACUGGAAUGUUGGAUGGUUUGGUGACACUGAACACUCCCAAGACAUUUUUCAAAAGAAACUUCCAUGGCGAGCGUUCGAGGGCAAAAUGAGGGAGCAGGUUAAAGAAGAUUUUAAAAGCAUCACUAAAUGGAUGGAUAUCGUUCUUGGCAAAUCACAGUUACCAAGAGAUCCGCCGUCUGAAGCCUUGCAACUCAAUCAAUACAUUCACUUAAUGAAACUGGCAUUCUUCCUAGCCGAGCGAACAGAUGAUCCAAAGACAGGAGUUGGAGCAGUAAUAGUGAACAAAGAUAAGGAUAUUGUGGGCCUUGGUUGGAACGGAUUUUCGACGAAAUCGCUGUAUGGCGAGUUUCCAAGAGCCUCUCGCAGCGACGAUGAAGCCUUGAAAAGGAAGUAUCCAUAUAUCAUUCACGCUGAACAGAACGCGCUACUGAUGCGAAACACCAAAAGCAUCAAGGAUGCAACUCUGGUUGUAACUAGGACGCCAUGCGAUGACUGCACCCCUCUGAUUGUUAUGCAAGGGAUUAAAACAGUUGUAUUGGGAGAAAAGAUUCUUGAUUCAAGCAACCCCCAGAUAAAAUAUACAAAGUUUCAACAGAGGGUUGGGGACAUAGAUGAUGGGAUUAAGUGCAUUGAACUAAUAGAGACAAUAGAGCAGCAGUCCCGGAAAAGAAAAGCUGAUGGUUUCUCUAGCGGUGAAAGGGCUUCCGUAGAAAACAGAGCCAGCUCCUGCACAGCCCUUCGACGAUCGAAAAGUGUUCCAUGAUGCAUUUUUCCAGAAGGAUCACGCAAUAUCUCACAGACAUGGCAGAUUCCAUCGUGAAAUAAGGUCGUUUUCUCGUCGGCAUUCGAUUUCCAGUAAAAGUAAAAAAAUUGUAUUAUUUCGUUAUUUGACAUGAUUUCUCCGAUUUGCAAUGGCUUAAGAGCGAAGUUUCCACAUAGAAACAUUUAUUUUCAUGGUUUCAAUUAGUCUUCCCAUUACAAAGUGUUCAGUGACCCACAACAAGUUCAUGAAUAUUCAAGAUUUCUCGGAAUAUAUGUUGAAAUCUUCCAAAUGUGGACCUCACGCCAGCAAAAUGAAGUCCUGAAUAUUGUACAGGCUAAGAAGUAUCCAGAAGUACCCACAUUUUGAAGACUUUUUUAUCGACCAAAGAUGGCUGAAAUUUCGAAUCUUUUAGCACAUUUCAGUACACAUGUGAGUGUGCAUAAAAUGCGAGCCAGCGAGUCAUGCGAGCCAUGCAGUCCAUUGAAGAAUCAUUGGAAAACACACCAUAAAAAUCGGACACGGCAAUACGGAACCACUGUAAGUAACCGUUUAACCCUAAACAGUGCUCAAUCCUAGCCCUAAAAUGAGUGCUUAACCCUAAUCCGUAAAAUGAAAGCUUAACUCUAAUCAGUACAAUGAGUGCUUAACCCUUAUCAGUAUAAUGAGCGCUCAACUCCUCAUCCGUAAAUUUGCAGUUUUUACUUUUGUUUCCUUUUUCUUUACCGAUGCCUCGAGUGCCUCGCAUGGCUCGCUGGCUCGCAGUUUGUCAAGACGUGUGUUUCAGUGUGAUAGGAACCCAAAGAAAGGUGCCACGCAGCAUGGAAGACGGCACAACGUAAACAAGCCUGCUCAGAAUUUGAAAAAGAAACAUCAGAAACUUUAUUUAUUCAAAAGUACAGAUCAGAAUUCUGGCCAGGAAAUUUCCUUGAAGACUGCUUGAGUCAGUACCGGGUAGAUUAUGCUUCAGAGAAGUGUUUGUCGCAUCUAUAGGUUAAAUUUUAUUCGUAACUGCCGUUGUAAACUGAGCUCCUGUGAGCAUAGUGAAUACAAGCCAACUCGAUAAUCUCAAAAGCAGAAGCUGCUGAACCGAAUCAUGUUUGGAAACCAUCCACAUCGAGCACUGCGAUGUUCACUUCGCGCGUGCUGGAGUUUGAAACGAGGUGCAUCAUGGGAUACUAUUUGAUCGUCGUCUGGGGAAACAGCUGAUGAUGUCUCUGGCGAUGAAAAGGAAGAAACAGAGCCAGUUCCUAAACAGCCCUCCACCGAAACUUAAGCAUAAUUUUAAAAACCAGAAAAGAAAAGCUGAUGAUGUCUCUAGCGGUGAAAAGGAAGAAAAAGAGUCAGCUUGUAAACAGCCCUCCACCAAAACUUAAACGCAAUCAAAAUUAGCUAAGUUUGGACGUUUAAGAACUUUUCAUAGUUAUAAUCGCAUUCAUCCCACUCGUUUUAAACUUUUCUUAUGUAUCCUUCGGUUAUUCAUAUUUUACUCGUAUUUCUCUUCAGUUUCACAUUUGGCAAAUUUCUUGUAUUUAAUCGCGUUUACUCAGUCAAGUGCAAUUGGCCAAUCUGGGUCACGUGUACAAGAUAAUAAUAAUAAUCAUUAUUAUCAUCAUCAUCUUCAUUGAGGAAACUUUUUCAUAAAAGAUAUGGUUUUCAAAAAGAACCUCAAAACUAGAUAUAUAUUAUAAAAACAAAAAAAACACGUGUACAAGAUAAUAAUAAUAAUAAUUAUUAUCAUCAUCAUCUUCAUUGAGGAAACUUUUUCAUAAAAGAUAUGGUUUUCAAAAAGAACCUCAAAACUAGAUAUAUAUUAUAAAAACAAAAAAAAACAAAAAAAAAGCUAUAAAAUUACAAAGGGAUUAAAAAGAUACAAAAAAAUGCAUAAAAAAUUAAAAAUAAGUAUAGGUAAAAAUUAAAACGUAAGUAGCUAUAUUAAAAACUUAAAAACAUUACGUUUAAAACUAUUUAAACGUAAUGUUUUUAAGUUUUUAAUAUAGCUACUUAGAUACCAUCCUCGGAGACCCAGGGGCAGAUAGUAGGGGCGAGGGAAAGUCUAAACGAGCGGGAAAAUAUAUUAUGGCACGAAGAAAAGUAAAGAACGGCGAGAAGAGCCCCUGGGACAAUGUCUUAGCAGACCAGUUCCAAACGGUCGCCGCCGUUCUGACUUCUAAUUGGUGCCAGAAAACUUUUGUGUUUUUCUGCCCAAUCAGAAGGCAGAACGGCGGCGUCCGUUUGGAACUGGUCUGGUAAGACAUUGUCCCAGGGGCUCUUGUCGCCGUUCUUUACUUUUCUUAGUGCCACAUUUUUCCGCCCGUUUAGACUUUCCCUUGCCCCCACUAUCUGCCCCUGGGUCUCCGAGGAUGACAAGAUACUACAUAAGCAACUGAACAUACAAAGACUAAUCUGUUAAAUCUAGGACUCAUACAUCUCCAUGAGGGGAUGAGUAAAGGUUUUACACUGGUUCAAGAAGCUUGAAGUAGUUGCUGUCCGUCAUAAGUCUCAAACUGAACUACCAACCGCGAGGGUGUGAUGAGCCUUGCAUGUUCUCGAUGCCAGCGUGGUCGCUCCGAGUUAUUUUCUCGCGCGGUACCGAGUUUUGCGUUCAAGUGAGUGUUCGCACGCUCUCAAAAUACAGAAACUUCUCACCACAAGACAAGAAUUGAGAAUUAAUACUAGUUACGCAUUAGAAUAUAUAUUUGACUAAGGACGGGUCGUAAGUAAGAAGACAGCUGUAACUUAAAACAAUCCAACUAUAUCUGAUCAUAGGCUAAGGAAAGCGUUAUCUAACGUGCUAAAAUAGUUACCUUUACCUUAACUAAGUUAGUAAAGCCGGUGAGACAUCACACUAUCUGAUGAAUAAAAUACAUAUAAAAAAAUAUAUAUAUUAUUGACUAGGCUACUUGGGAUUGUAGUUCAUAAAGUAGUCGCUUUCUCCUUGAACACAGCUAGCGGUGGAGACAACACUACAACGGCUGUUCCUCGGUUGGGAGCUUAUUCCACUCCCUAGAAGUCCUCGGGAAAAGGGAGAAUUUAAGGGCAUUCUUAGAGCUAAAGGGGGUCUGGAAUUUAUACGCAUGACUGUUCAACGUUCGUGUUUCCUUGGAGAAUUGCAAACAGUUAUGUACAUUCAAAUCAAAGAGUCCGUGAAUAAUUUUGUCCAUCAUACAUAGGCGAUACAACAUACAUAGUUACCGUAAAAUUCCGAAAAUAAAAUAUAAAUAUAUUCGGAGGGGCUUAUGUCGGAGGGAAAUUUCCGUUUCAAAAUCGAUUGGGCUAGCCUUAUAGUUAGAAGGAAAUUUACCGUUUUUGCUUUGUUUUACUUUGUAUUCGAGGGCAAAUUCCAAGUACAAGCACCCCGGGGGGCUUAUAUUUGGACGGACGAUUUAACGGAGGGUUUUUUGCCUUACGAUUUUGGGGGGACUGAUAUUUGGAGGGGCUUAUACAUGGAGGGGCUUAUUUUCGGAAUUUUACGGUAUGUAGCUGUACAUCGUACAUAGUUAUUUAAAAGUUCAUUUCAAGUUUUAUGGCACUACUUUGGCUAAGCCGCACCUGAUUGAGGGAAAGAAAUGAUGACCAGGGGCCAUUUAACAACCGGUGAGAGGAUUCUAAAGUACUUUGGUAGAAACGAAACUUGGGGAAAUUCGGGAAAAUUCUAACAAUACUGCGCUGUUAUAACUAAGGUACGUGGGCGUGGCCGCGGAGAGAAAAAGAGGAUUCAACCUGCGUAAUAGGUAGAAAAAUGGUUGGGAGGUGUUACGGGUGAAAAGAGAAGAGCGGAAGGGAUAUGAAGGAUCCUUUCCCUUCUUUCGUACUCGCCGCUCAUCUCCGCAUUUCGUGCCUGGCUAGAAAAAAUCCUAUUCCCCUUUCCCUUGCUAGUAUCUGCCACGUAAAGAGCCUUUUCACUUACGUAGCCAGUAUCUAGGCACAUUUAUUAGACCAAAAGAAAGAUUUUACACAAGGAAGAUUGGUAUUUUUGGGACACCAAUAUGGCGGAAGUGACGUCCUGUUAGAACACUGUAUGUAUGCGACUGUCAGCUAUAAUGUCAGACAGGUGAUGCAUUUUUCUCGAGGUAUUUUGAUCUUCUAACAAGAAUUUGGUUCUUGGCUGACUGAUAUACAUCAAGUUUUGCGUAUAUCUCAAGUUUUCUCAGUGAUAUACCUCACGUUUUUAUCGCGGAGUUGGUACCGUGUGCUUCAGUGCUGAAUUUGGUGAAGGAAACAAAUGACGCUUCUAUGGUUACGCUCCUCGCUCGCUACAGUUAAAUCCUUCGGAUCAUCAUCAGUAGCUCGGCAAACAACCAUAUGUAUUGGCCCCAAAUAAGUCAGCCCUUUGCGAUAUUGCCAGCCUGCUGACAUUCAGUUGUGUUUUAACUUCCCAAAUAUAUAAAGAUGACUCUAACAUAUAUGAGAAACACCUAUGUAAGAAUCCGUGAACCUAGAGCCCCUUAACUUAAGAACCCAUGGACGCAAGAAGCCCUGGACGUAAGAACCCCUGACGGUAAAAACCCCUGGAAUUAAGAACCCCCCCAAUAAAACUCGCUUACGCAAGCUUAAACAUAUUAAACUUUAAAUUUCCACUUGGUACGCAAGUGAUUUCAUAAUACCGUGGUGUCUAACUCACAGAAUCACGGGCGCGCCACCUAGUGUUUCUGUUGCAUGAUAAAACUCGCAUUUAGGAGUUUAGAACACCAUGGCAUUACAAUAAAACUCGCUUACUCAAGCUUAAACAUAUUAAACUUUAAAUUUCCACUUCGUGCACUAGUGAUUUCAUAAUGCCGUGGUGUCUAAACUCACAGAAUCACGGGCGUGCCAAAAAAAAGUUUAGAACACCAUGGCAUUACAAUAAAACUCGCCGCACGCCUUGUCUUUUUUUAAAAAAAUAGUCACCCUUGAAACAUGUUAACAAUGAUUUCCACUCCCAUACCUAAUUUUCUAAAAUCCUGCAAUACAUAGCUUUUUCUUGAAUGAAUAAAGAGUUAAAUAGCGGAAGAGGCGAUAUUUGGUAAUUUUUGGCGGGCUUUGGACACGUUUUGGCGGGAUGACGAUUUCACUAUUCGACCGAAUCCAUUUGAUCGCUUGGUCUCUGUGUUUUCUGCCUCUACUAUGACAUCUUCAUCUACUAACAAUAGUAUUCCGCAACCCGUCGUCAUUAAAUAACGGAAAUUUUUUAUGUAGCCCGUUUGCACACGCUUUACAUCAUUAGCAGCAGAUCAUGCAUAAUAGUCACCAAACAAAUGCAGUCGGAUUAGAAGAUCUAACGUUUUCAACAUCAAAAUGCCUACCAGACUGCCGAUUAAUAUUACCACUUACACGUUUGUCGUAAUAUCGUUAGGCUCAGAAACAUUUUGAAGGCAUAGGAAGACCGUCUUCUUCUCGUAAUGUCAUAAAUCGAAAGACGCACACACCGUCCUUUACGUUCAUCUCAAGAAUGCAAUGCCGGAUUUACAUGUAUUCGAUCAGAGGUCAAAUCAUAAUGUCACACUACUUCCAUAUAAAGAAAAAGUCAAUUAUUAUUUCCAUUGUUUUGGUUAAAUUUUUAACUAUAGUGCGUUGAAUGUACAAGAUUCCAUCAGAGAGAUGCCAUAAAAAUACGAACACAACACACCAGCGCGUGCGUGACACGCGAUUCACUGCGGAAACUGCAGUUUAGCAAGCUCACGCCAAAGAAAUUCGUUGAAUCUGCGCACACAAAGCCUCGGAGAUCAAUGAUUGCAAUCUGUUUUGGCAUCCAUCUUUCCUUUACGAUGAGUAGUAUGCUGUGUGUUCAAGGAGUGCGGGUUUUACAAAAUAAAGAUUUUGAAUCAACGCUUUUAUCUAGCAACAUUCGCCCGAUUCUAUUUGAGUUCUGCGACCUUCAAUACGUACAUUCAAUACAAUAUGGAACUACGUUACAUUUUACUGAAUACUGGAAAAGACCAGAAAGACAACGUUUGAGUCGUAGGCCACGCGCGAUUAUUCUGGAUAACUCGUGAGCUAAGAACGCAAAUCUCUGGCUUUGUAAUCUCUUCUCAAUUACGCUAUCGCCAGAUGCCGCCUUAAUCUUGUUAAAAAAAGUGACGCUUUAUCGAAUAAUACCACUGAUGAUUGGACCAAACGGUAAAGAAACUAAUUGCUUUUCGCAGUAGGAAGUUUAUUGCUUGUCACUCAAACCCUAGCGUCCUUAACAAACCCAGCGUCCUGUGGUGUACAAAAAAAAGUCGUAUGCGGGUCCUCAUGGAUAAAAAUUGACAAAUGAUAUAAGGAAAAAACGCAUAAACAUAUGACUUUGUCUAGAACCAGACGAAACCACCUUAACAUGUUUUGAACGCUAAAUGAUCAAAAAAAGAUGGGACCUAACUAUUCUUAGAUAUUAACAAUGAAAUCAACUUGUUCCGCCGGCUUUAAUCGAAAGAGAAGUUCCGUACAUAUAGUCUCCCACUUCGUUUCUCAAAGGGAGUUUGAAACAGGGUGAAACGUAACAGUCAUAAAUAUUAAGGAAAGAGAUAUUGUUCCUCCGUAGAUGCUAAUCCACUUGGUUAUUCUCAUUGGCUACUGAAUAAUAACAUUUAUGAAGUAAAACAAUUGUCUUUUAGUAUUUAGCGUGUGACCUGUUUGGGGAUAAUCAUUUCAUCUCAUCAAGGUUGUUAGACCACACGUCUGCUUUACUUCUUCAUCCCAUUCAAAUCUUGUUUGCAGUUACCUUAUUAGUCGACUUUCCCAUCUGGUAAGUAAGAUAAAAAGUAAAGUAUUAUAUAGACCUAGCUUUGAUAGGUUGCUGGGGCUUUAAUACAUGAGACUAUAUAUUGAGUGAUAACUGUCCUUCCGCGCCAAUAUGCUCCUUCUUUUAUUCAUCACCCCAAUCAUCAAGUUCGGCGAAUCGAAGUUGUUUAAAACAUUAUGCUAGAAAGAUUACAAAGAAUAUUUAGUAUGUUGGACUGAAUGUAUCAAAAAGAAGUGAUGGCGCUUUUAAAAAUCAAGUUUCAUUUAGGAAACUAGAAGUGCACGCUUAUAAAGGAGGACAAAAUUGUAGACCUAAAUUCCCCUAAAAGUCUUUAAGAGAAUAUGAUAAAACGACCUUAAUUUUGAAAAAUAAAAAAUAAAAAGAUGGGAUCAGACCUAACUUUUCCUAGGCUAUAAUGGUGAAAUAUAUUAUCAAUGAGUGAUAACUGUCCUUCCACGCGAAUAUGCUUCUUCUCAUAUUCAUCAAGUUCUUAUAUUCUUAUGUUCAUCAAAUUUGUGUAUGGCCUAGAAAUAACCGCCACGUCAACGCGUUGAGUAAUCAGUUUGCAAUAGAGCCAAGUGACUUGUUUAAGCGUUGGACCGCAAGCAAGGAGAAAAAAACAAGAAAGACCAAGAAACAACGAAUAUCUGGUCCCAAGCAAAGCACAAGAUUGAGCAUUGUUCGAUGUAAACAAUGACCAUUAACAGCCGUGUGCGAGUAGUUUCAUGCCUUUCGACGAAUCGAAAUAAAAGUCAGGGUGAUUUUUAUGUAAAUGCAUUUAAAGUGAAUUUUUGAAACCGAGGCGUUUAAUUGCCCCUUAGCAACGCCAGAAGCAGCUGCCUCAAGAUGAUAAACAUUUAUAUGAGCUUCUCCUUUCCUUUUCUGCCAUCCUUGAUAGACAUAAGUGCUUCUAGGACCAAAUCCAGACUUACUAUCGCUUUUCUUACCAUACUCUUGGAAUUUAUUUUCACCAUAUAACUAUUUGUAAAAUUCUUAUUCCUCCAGAGUUCCUGAAGGGUUGCAUGUUUUUGUUAGUGCUUAGCCUGCGUGGCAGGCGAGCACCUGCCACGCAGGCUAGUUAGUGCUUUAAUUGGGCUAGCAGCUUCCGCAUCAUCAAAACAUGAUUGGUCAAAAAAUGAGCAAAAUAAUUUUUUAAUCCUUUUCUUUGAAUGAGACGUAGCUUAUAGGUUGCUCUAAUUUUUUGUAUCCGAGCAACUGAGGCCAUUAAAUACAGAGCCAAAUUUUUGUAGAAAUUCCAUACUGAUGACGUCGUGUCACUACUCAGAUUUGGGUAACGCUUCUGAUUGGUUAAAAAUUGGCUUCUUCCAAUCAUGCCCCAGACUGAAUUUCAGACAUAGCUUCGAGUCGCGUACCCCUUGCUUGGAGGAGUAUGCGACUCAAAGGUAUGUCUGAAAUUCAGGUUGAUGAUGCCCAUAUUUGGGUGGUAACACGUCAUCAGUAUGAAAUUUCUGCUGUCGUUCUUCAGACGUCAUAUUUUGCGGGUAAAACAGUUGGAGUUUGUGUAAUGGUCGCGGGUCGUGGGUUCAUGAUGUCGCGGGUUGGAAAAAUAAUUUUGCGUGAAAUUCAAGUUGGGGUUCGAGGUGCUGAGUAAAAAUGACUGAUGUUAUAUAAAUAAUAAAUUCUAAACCACUAAAAAGAAUCUUACCUUUAAGGGAGGGGCUAGGUGAUUGAUAAAAAAUAGCCCGAAAACACAUCAAAAGUCUUAAUACGUUUACAGCAAAAAAAAAUGAACAAUUGGUCACUUUUAUGCGGUGAAAAAUAAGACACGUCUUGUAAACUUCUCGCAUAAACGCACAAAAAAAUGUGUUCGCGACUCAGCUAAGACACUCUUUAUAUGCUCGUAUGUGUCUUAUGUAAGGUGCGUCGAAAGACAAUUUGCAAAGCAUAUUUCUUCGCUGAGAGAAGCGAUGAAAAUGUAUGCAAAAUUAGUACGCGGCACGAAAAUGAAAACGCUGACCACAAAGUGACUUCCUCGCUUUUCCCCCGGUGAGGGAAGUGAAGACCCUGAUUUCUAGCGUGUCCCCCGCUUACUGGGGAACAAAAAAGGAGUGAUUAUAAGUUAAACUCCCUGUAUUACCCGGUAAUCGCCGAGGGCGUGGGGGGGAGGGGGUUUCGAAUGACUGGUGCAGUAGUUUUCAACAAAUCACUUUCAACCUUGGUAAUUUUACUAAUUUAAAGGAGCUCUCUCCAGUGGAAUCGAGACUCGUGACGCACAUUACCAACGAACGCUUGCGAGAUUCUGAGAACGAGUCUAAACUGAUUUUUUAUAAGCGGAAGGGGAAGAGGGCGUGGACCUUCGAUAUUGCAGGUUACAUUCGCCACCCAUAGACAACAUGCCAGGCCUUGCAUAAGCUUUUUGUGUAUGGUCACAAAGGCAACAGUUUUCCUCCGCUACACAAGUCAUUCACAUUAACAAAAAUUUCGGUCGGCGAAAGCGAAAGCGAAAUUCUCUUGUCUUUUCCUAUUUCCUUUUUGGGAUCAAAGUCAGCGGGCGAUCUUUUUCAGGAUUCGGCCCGCAGUUGGCAAAUCCAACGAGGUACAGUUUAGUUUUUAGUUUCAAUUAUCCCCUAAAAGUAAUACGACGAGCACCCCUGUCACUUUUAUGGGUGGGGGGCGGCUCCCGGUUGCCUUAUUCUUUUAUUACACUUUUUAUUCAGUUACUGUAUUGUUUAAUUUACUCCUAUUGGCGUAUUCAUUUUAAAUUUUAACUCGUAUUAAGUUUCCAACUAUACCGCUAAUUAACUAUAUUUAUAUAUUUGUAGCGAAUUUCCGUUUCUUCGAUUCAAUAAAUCCCUCGAAGAAGAACGGCUUGACUGUUCGAAGUAUCGGGAAUGCUCAAGUCGCUUUGUUCUUUGCUGUUUUGAUAUCAGUUUAUUGGUAUUUGUUGAAACAGCAAGAAUUGGAUACCGUCAUUAUUAUAAAAGUUUCUACUAUUCUCAGCUUGCUUUGUGACUACUUUUUCCUCUCUUGUUUACCAGAACACUAGACGGAGGUGAGGAAAUGGCAGGAUCUGCUCGUAACUCCAGCAACCCAGCUGAGACUGCUCAGAGCACCUCAUACGCUGAUCGUGACUGUCGAAUAAGUAAGGAGAAUUUGUAUAUGGUUCUCGCCCUGCAUAUGCAAGAGUUUCCAGGCGAACCGAGGAUUGGUGAUUAUAAAAAAGUUGGCGCUGUGCUUGUGUUGCCCAAUGACAUGCUUUAUGCCGUAGAUUGUUCUCGCGAUGGUGUGCAUGGCGUAGCACGACUGCUAAUGACACACCCAGAGAUCCCCCAAGAAUGCAAAGUUUUCGUGUCAAGAAAACCGUGCUCCUUCUGCACAAAGCUACUGGUUCAGUCUAAAGUGAAGAGGGUCUUCUAUUUGCCGAUCGAGCCUGAGUAUUAUAAGGAAGCAAGUAAAGGAGGUUUUGGUGUUGAAACGUCGCGCGUCGAUGAACUAUUCAAAGUGAGUUCGAUCGCCCAGUCAGUGUUUGUUCCAAGAGCAGGGCAAGACGUUAUUGAUGCUGCAGAACGUAAACACCAAACAGACAGAAGCAAAAGAACGACCAAACAAAACAACCUCUUUAAGAAGUACUGGAAUGUUGCAUGGUUUGAGGAGAAAGAGAAGCCUGAAGACGCCCAAUACAUUUGUCAAAAGAAACUUCCAUGGCUAGCGUUCGAGGGCAAAAUGAGGGAACAGGUUAAAGAAGAUUUUAAAAGCAUCACUGAAUGGAUGCAUCUCGUCCUUUUCAAAUCAAAGUUACCAAGAGAUCCGCCGUCUGAAGUCUUGCAAUUCAAUCCAUACAUUCACUUAAUGAAACUGGCAUUCUUCCUAGCCGAGCGAACAGAUGACCCAAAGAGAGGAGUUGGAGCAGUAAUAGUGAACAAAGAUAAGGAUAUUGUGGGCCUUGGUUGGAACGGAUUUCCGACGAAAUCGCUGUAUGGCGAGUUUCCAAGAGCCUCUCGCAGCGACGAUGAAGCCUUGAAAAGGAAGUAUCCAUAUAUCAUUCACGCAGAACAGAACGCACUACUGAUGCGGAACACCAAAAGCAUCAAGGAUGCAAGCCUGGUUGUAACGAUGACACCAUGCGAUGACUGCACUCCUCUGAUUGAGAUGCAAGGGAUCAAAACAGUUUUCUUGGGAGAAGAAAUAAAGAUGAGAGAGGAUGGGAGAGGUUAG